CUGCUGCAAAUCUGAGGCGAACAAGGAAGUCCAGCACUGGAGACUGGAUGCCAGGAUAGCGUCAAAUAAACACCUUUCCGCCGGACUGUAGUUAUUUGGUGGUUCGUCUAUAGCUACAUCGGCGUGAAAACAUGUUUAAAAAACUCAAGCAAAAGAUAAACGAGGAGCAGUCACCGCAGAGGAAUGCGCAGUCACCACAACAGGCCCAGGGGGCUGGAGAGAGGCGCAGCAGCCACACCCCUGCAUUACACCAUGACGGCACACCCUCUCCAAGUGACAGAGAGAUGCUGGCCGGGAUGAUAGCAGAGCCCGCUUUUCUCUCUGAGUAUACUAUCUUUGCUCUGGACCAUUCAAAACGACCCAAAACGGCCCAGGUAGCCAGUGUGAGUGCCUCUAAAGGAGUGACAAGGUCUCCCAGAGGCAGCGUCAACGGAGAUGCAAGUGCUUCUCCCCAGAGAGACGAGCACCAGUCAUUUGCCCAGAAACUACAGCUGAAGGUUCCCUCUGUGGAGUCUCUGCUUCGUGGCGGUGCCAGUCGGGCAGAAAAUUUGUUCCGCUCUUCCUCUAGAGAGAGCCUGGUACGCAGCCCGUCCAGAGAAUCCCUGACUCCUUUUGGGGAAAAUGAAUCUGUGGCCACCCCAACGUACGACCCCCCUUCAGAUAUUGAGAGUGAGGCUGAGGAGUCACCAGGAAAUGCAGAGGCCAUGUCCAAAGAUCAGCUGCUGCAUCGCCUGCACAGGGUGGAGAGGAGCCUGGGAAACUACAGAGGGAAGUACUCUGAGCUGGUUACUGCUUACCGAACCGUGCAACGAGAUAAAGAGAAAACCCAGGCCAUCCUUAGUCAAAGUCAAGAUAAAGCUCUCCGCAGGAUAGGAGAGCUGAGGGAGGAGCUUCAAAUGGACCAGCAGGCCAAGAAACACCUGCAGGACGAGUUUGAUGCUGCCCUGGAGGAGAAAGACCAGAUGAUCACCGUCCUCCAGACCCAGGUGGCUCUGUUGAAGAAGCGAGUCAAGGGGGUGUCUGAUGGUGCUGUGCCACCUGAGAAUGAGGCCUCUCAGUCUGCAGAUGCUGUGGACUCUGCUUCAGCCCCACAGAGCCCCUCUAAGGAGCCAGAAGUAGAGCCUGGUCCCACUGAAGAAGAGGGCAACAGUGAUCCUGCCAAAGUGAUGGAGGCACUGCAAAAGAGAGUGAAGAGGCAGGAAAACCUGCUGCAGAAGUGCAAAGACCUGCUGCGAACACACAAGGAGCGCAGUGCCCAGCUUAGCAGUGAGAACGAAACUUUGCAGGAGCAGCUGCAGGAGAGACUGCAGGAGCUGGAGAAGAUGAAGGAACUGCACACCACAGAAAAGACAAAGCUGAUCACUCAGCUGCGUGAUGCCAAGAACCUCAUUGAACAGCUGGAGCAGGACAAGGGAAUGGUCAUUGCAGAGACAAAGCGUCAGAUGCACGAAACUCUGGAGAUGAAAGAGGAGGAGAUUGCUCAGCUACGCUCCAGGCUUCAGCAGGCGAGUGCCCAGAGAGACGAUCUGCAGGAGCAAAAAGAAAAGUCUGAGAAAUCAGCUUUUGAAGAACUUGAAAAGGCUUUGGGUGUAGCCCAAAGGGCAGAGGAGGCCCGAAAGCAGCUGCAGGUUCAGCUGGAAGAGCAGGUGAAAGAAGUAGAAAGGGCCAGUGAGGAAGAGAGGAAGAGUUUGCAGCAGGAGCUCACACGAGUUAAACAGGAGGUUGUCACCAUAAUGAAGAAAUCAUCUGAGGAAACAGUUGCCAAUAUGGAAAGAUGCCACAACGAGGCACUGGCUGCUAAAGAAGAGGAAAUAAGUGCCAGAAUCAACCAAGCUUUGGAGCAAUGCAAAGAGCAAUUUGCCCAAAAAGCCAAGGAGCAUGAACAACAGACUGCUCUUGCUCUGGAGGAUGCAGAGUUACAAAAGACAGCUCUGAAGGUAGAAGCUGACAACAAGGUUAAAGAGAUACAGCUGGAGCUGGAAGCUGCAAGAACUAGAGUGCUGGAGCUUGAGAGCUCCCUGAAAAAGAGCUGUGAAGAUGGAUCAAGCCUGUCCCAUGAAUUCUCCAGUCAGUUGGACGAACUGAAAGCUAAACACACAGAGCAAAUAUCUGCAUUAGAGGAAAAGCACCGAGAGCAGCUGGAAAAGCACAAGGACACCUUAACUCAGCAGCAUAAUGCUGGUCUUGAGGAGGUCAAGGAAAAACAUAAAGUGGAAGUGGAGACCAUCCUGAAAAAUAAAGAGCUACAGUUCCACGAACAUAUUGAAGACAUGAACCAGAAAACUUUGGAGAAAUUGACUACAAAGGAGACAGAGAUAGAGGCACUUUCCAUUGAACUCUCUGAGGCAUUGAAGAGUAAACAGCUUCUGGAAGAAAGGCUGACUGCAGCUGAAGAUGCUGAUAGUGUUGCUCAGCAAGAACUCGAGCAGAGGCUACAGGAUCAGGUGGCAAAGCACAAUGCAGAGAUUGCAAAUAUUAAGCAGGAACAUGAGCAGUCUCUUGGAGGUAUGGAGAAAACUCUGAAGGAGGAACUUAACACAUUAAAAAUUGUUUUGAAGGAGAAAGAAAAAGAGUUUGAAGAACACAUGCAUAGAGAAAAAACACUUAAAGAGGAAUUGGAUUCUGUGCUACAAGACCUGAAUAUCAAGGCUAAGGAACUGGAGGGUCUUCACCAGAGUUUGUUGCAAGCUCAGUCUGAAAAUGAGAGCCUGAAGGAGUCUGGUGCAGAGUUAAGUAAGAUCACAGCAGAUUUUGCUCAGUGUAAGAGUGACCUGAAAGACUUGGAGUCCCAGUUGCAGGUAACAAAGACUGAUUGCAAAGACAAAGAGGAGACACUUCAACAAAGGAUGAAGGAGCUUAAAGAACAGGAACAGCAACUACAACAGGCUAAGAAGGAACUCUCUGAGCAAGACAAAUCUUAUAGUGAAAAACUGAACGCAAAGCAGGAAGAAGAGGAACGCCUGAAGAAACGGCUUGAUGCUGAAACAGCUGCCCAUGAGAAGAAGGUUGCAAACAUUGUGAAGGAGAUGGAGGGGAAGCUCAAGGCACAGGAAACAAAGAUGGACAAGUUAAAACAGAAGGCCAAAGAAAUGCAGGAGAAAUUCAAGAAAAAGCUUCAGGAGACUGAAGAAUGUAUGAAGAAGGAACUUGCAAAGAAGGAGACAGAGCUCCAGCAAAAAGAGCAACAAGUUCAGGAGAAAAUUCUAGAGAUGGCCCAAAAAAGUUCUCAAGGCCUCAGCAGUGCAAUGUCAGAAUUGCAGGCAAACCAUAAGGAAGAACUGGAGAAAUUACAUGACACCCAUAAAAAUGAGAUUAAGGAGAUUGAGCGUCGUUGGCAGGAAAAGUUGGGACAACAGGAAGAAGAUAUAACAGAGAGACACUCACACACACUACAGGAGAAGGCGCAGGAGCUAGAAGAAAUUUCUCAGCAACUCAGCAGGAGCAGAGAGGAGAGUGACAAAGUCUUACAUGAGAUAAAGGAUUUGAAGGAGGAGCUAGCAAUUCGAGAGACCACUGUACAGAAACUGCAAGCUGAGCUGAGGGAAGCUGCAGUUAAGCUUGAAAGUUUAUCUCAGGGUGAAGUAUUGCUCAAAGAGCAAAUGGAGUCAGUGGAGAGGAACCUUAACCAGGCUCUGAAUGAGAGAAACUCCCUCCAAGAUCAGCUUAGUUUGACUGAGGAAGAGAGCAAAGAGAGGGUAAAGGCUUUGUCAGAUAAGCUUGAGGAAACUGAGAAACAGCUUAGAGCACUGGAAGCUUCCACACACCAAGAAGGUGAGGAUUUGCAGAAAAAAAUUGAGGAGAGUUCCACACAGCUGCAAGCCAAGGAAGCAGAGUUCCAGAAGCAUUUAAUAACAAUAAGCAACCAAAUGGAGCGUUACUGUAAGGAAAUUCAGUCUAAGUUGGAUUGUGGUUCUAAUGAACUCUCUGAAAGAGUUGAGUGUAGAGUGAGAGAGCUUAAAGACAGAGUACUGUGUAAUCAGAAGAAGGUGGGACAUCUCAAAAACACUAUCCUUACUAAAAUAGAUAGAAUUUGCACUUUAGAAAAGAAUCUCCAGCAACAGAUGGAGGAGAAUAAGAAUCUAUGCAUUUCACUAGAGCAGAUGACUGCUCAGGUAAAUGCUCACUCAGAGCAUAUUGAAGCCUUAACAAGUGAGAGGGAGAGCCUACGGAGGACUGUUGAGAAUCAUUCUCAAUCUAUCUCUGAAAAAGUCAGUAGAAUUGAGGAGCUUGGUGAAGAAAACAAAACUAUAUCAGAAAAUGCGAAAACUCAAGACUUGCAUAUCAGUAACUUGGAAAGUAUCAUCAAUGACUUGAAAACGCAGUUAGCAGGUAGCAAAAUGGAGAAGGAGGAAGCCAUAACACUGUUGAACCAGCAGUAUAAGGAGGAGAGACAACAGGUUGUUGCUCAAAUGGAGGAGGCCAUUGAGAGAUUAGAGCAAGAGAGAAAGUCUGCUGUAGAGCAGGCUGAAACACUCAGGAACAGUCUCUCUGAGCUUGAGAACACGGCAGAGUCUAACUUAACUCAAAACCACAAUACUGUUAUUUCUCUGCAGACCAGGCUUGAAGACAUGGAGCGAGAAAUCUCUGCCAAGAAUGAAGCUUUGGAGAGGCUGACGGCCAGUAUCGACAAUCAGUCCAUCAGCAAGUCUGAGAUGGACCAGGCAUUGAGUGAGAAAGAGCAGAGGGUCAGUGCACUUACCUUAGAGCUUGAGAGCUGCAACGGUAGACUUGUUGAGCUUCAGGAGCAAUUGGCCUUAAAAACAAAGGAGUGUGAACAACUCACAGCUGACCUCAAACAGCAACUUAGUAUCAGGGAGAAUGAAAAAAGAGAGUUCACAGAACAGCUGCAGCAGACCCAGGCACAGUUCACUCAGAACGGUAAUCUGGACCAAGAAACAGUGGAAAAACUACACACUCUGGAGAAGGAGAACCAAAUAUGUAAACUAGAACUGGAGAGUCAGAAGGAAGAAUUUGAAAAGAUAAAAAAUGAGAUCCUCAAGAGCAAGGAGGAGAGCCUGAAGGCAGCUGAAGAGAAGUUAUCUACGGAGAGUGCUAAGAAGGUAUCAGAGCUCAAGAAGAGGGCUGAGCAGAAAAUUGGUCAAAUAAAAAAACAACUAACCUCACAGCUUGAGGAAAAGGAACAGACCGUCAAGGCUCUACAGACUAGCUUGCAGGAAAUCAAGAGGGAUGAAGCAUCCACCAAACAGCACAUAGAAACCUUAGAAGAGAGGGGAAGGAAACUUGAGGAAGCUAUUGUCAAACUUCAAGAACAGCAGGAGAAACAACUUGAAGAGGUUCAGAGCAACGAGAGGCUUGCAAAAGAAAAGUCUUUAGAAGAAUUGAAAAACAUGUAUGAAGAGAAGCUAUCUUCACAUCAAAGAGAUGCAACAAACCAGGAGGAGCCCAAAGCAGUUGAGACUGAAUCAACGCUACAGGAAGUUAAGGCAAUGCUCAAAGAAGCAGAAGAGCAGAAUGGAAUCCUUGUCGCUGAAAUUAGUCGUCUGAAAGAAAAACUUCUUGAGAAGGAUGCACAGCUUGAUCAACAACAGGCAACUGUUUCUUAUUUAGAAAAGGAGGGCCAGAAUCCAAUAGAACCAGAGGUUGCAGUUAAGCUUGAACAUAGCAGUCUAACCCAAGAAGUGGACAGUGAUUCUCAUGAGUCCCUCAAGAAUAAACUGACUGAGGUGAAGAAUGAGAAACAGAGGAUCCAGAAAGACUUCACCAGGUUGCAGAAAGAUAUCAGAUCAUUAAGGAAAGAGCAUGAGCAGGACCUCGAAUAUAUGAAGAAAGAAUUAUCAGAGGAAUAUGAGAAAAAGUUAAAGGUCGAGUUGGAAGAUAUGGAAAUGAAGCACAAUUCUGGUCUGAAGCAGCUAAUGAGGGAGUUCAACACACAGAUGGUUUUGAAAGAGAGGGAGCUUGAUUCAGCAGUAAAGGAGGCUAUUGGGAAGGCCCAGAGCGUCGAAGCCGAGCUGAUCAGUAGCCAUCGUGAAGAAACCAUUCAGCUUCAGAAGAUGGUGGCCCAGAAAGAGGAUGACUUGCACAGAACUGUUCAGAAAUAUGAACAGGUUCUGCAGACUCGAGAGGAGGAGAUGGGAGACAGAGUGUGGCAGGUUCAGAAAGAACUGGAGGAGUUGCAAGCAAGGAGCCGUGGUAAUUCUGAGAUGAGCACGGAAGAACUAAAGGCUCAGCUUGCUGAGAAGACGACUUUGCUGAGCGAGAUGAGGCUGAAGGAGCAGGAGUUUGUUGACAGAAUCCACUCGCUUGAGGACAAGAUUAGAUGUUUCCACAAAAACUCUGUUGUAACUCAUCUUGGGAGCACAUUGAAAGAUCCAGGAUACAACAGCGGUGAUGCUCUCUCCGAACCCACUGAGUUUGAGUACCUGAGGAAAGUUUUGUUUGAGUACAUGAUGGGACGGGAAACAAAGACGAUGGCCAAAGUCAUAACCUCCAUGCUCAAGUUCCCUCCAGACCAAGCGCAAAAGGUGCUGGACAAAGAGGACUCAAAAGCAAUUCCUUGGUUACGAUGAGUGUUUUAAUCUUUCGGCUUCUGGCAUGGAGAUACGCUGCUGCUGAGGGGCAAGACUGCCAUGGAUUUGAUCAAGCCCUUCUCUUGUCUGCAUUUCUUGUCAUAUAAUAUGUGUGUGCGUGUGUGUGCAUAUGUGCGUGCGUGUGUGUACAUGUUUUGCUAUACAUUGUGAAGACCAACUGUUGAGAAACCACUGUUCUUUUGAGGACAAGUCGAGUUGUAUGCACAUUUUGGGUGGUCCGCACAAGGCAGUUUUUGCUUGCGUGGUUAAGGUUGGGUUAGCGUUACACAUGACUCGAUUAUCGCUAAGAUUAGGGAAAGGCUGUAGAGCGGGGUGGCAGCAAAAAGAAAAACAAAAACAAAACAAAACCACACUGUUGAAACACAACACGUGCAACUACAAAACACUACAAAAGCAACAGUAACAUACGGGCCUAAUCACAUACUGUCGCCUAACGGUUUUCAUAGGUGUUUUCUUACCUGGGUUUACUCGGUGGGACACCCGGCAGUCUUUGUUGUCCACAAUCCUGGCUGGUUGAUGGUCCAUGCCCCCAUGAUGCCAAUCUGACCGUCUUUGAAUGGUUCGUAAAUUUGUGAAAAAAACUGUCUGCUUCUCUGACCGACGUUUCAACGAGUUUGCCUUGUGCUUGUGAAGUUCAGUGCCUUAGGGAAACUCCUGGGCCAUGUUAGCAUGGAGUGAGGGUGAGGUGAAAUGGUGCUCCAGGUUUGAAGAUUUAAAAUUUGACAGUCAAGUCUGGCAUAUCAAGUAAGAGGGUUUCCUGUGUUGUUUAACAAAAAAACACAAUUCCUACCAUUCAGGUAGAACUGUCCUGUGCUCCUCUUCAUAUUUGCGCUUUUUUUUUUUUCUUUUUUCCUGACUCCCAUGGUCAUUCAGUCAGUUAGCCUGGCAAAAGUAUGUUUUAUGUUUAGGAUAGAGUAGCCAUGUCCAUGUCGUUUUUAAUUUUAAAAAUAUCGGCAAAUUUAUCAGCAGUAUUGUCAAAUAUUCAAAUGCAAAUGUAUUAAAAAAAAAAUACUAAAACGAGAACACUGAUAGAACUGGGCCACAAGAGCAGGCAGAGAGCGGCGGGUUUGCCACCCCAGCUGUCGAGAAAGAAUGUAAGUCAAUGCAGUGUCCUCACAAAGAUAGCAAAACCUGUGUGUGUGUGCAUGUGUGUGUGUGAGAGAGAGAGAGAGGCGUGAGUGUGUGGGUGGUGUACGGUACAGUGUGUAUGAGUACAGAUGAUGUAUGAGGGAAUGGGAAUUAUGCCAGAAAAAAAAUCUUUCAUGAUUCUAGUUUUACUUUGAAAUUAGGGAUGUUAAUUUAUACAUUAUGUUGUAGAUGAGGAUAAACUGUUUCCUUUUUAUUUAGACUGUUUAUAAAGAUUGGCUUGUGCAAUAAAUUCUAUCACCAUGUAUUGAUGCUGAUGGUCAGUUGAUUUAUAGGUUUGUGUGUUGUGCUGUCUGCAUCACUUCCUCUGUAAAACUGUAAACGACCCUUUAACUGUGCACUCGCACCACAUUCAGAUACUGGCCUCUAGGACCUUGUUUGUUUACCACAGCUUUUCUAUACUUUAUAUUUUGUGGACACUGACAAAUAGAAACCCAAAAAAACACAAUGUAUAUUGUUAUAUGAUAAUUAAAACUGUACAAUAGGGCACACUAUGACUGUUGCUAUACAUUUUCAAACCAACUAAUUAAAUCUUAUUUACAGUACA